CCAAGAAGUGGGCUGACGGCCCCUACAAACUGCUUUCAACGCCAAGGGCAGCUCUAGAGGGGCAGCCAGAGUCGGGUGCGUCUCGAAUGCGUCCGAAAUGGCCUUGGUACACAACAUCGUCCUCCGAGGACUCAACUGCAUCACUCUUCAGGCCAACCAUGUCAAGAAGCCUGAAGACAUUUUGGACUUUAUGACUUUCUGUGAUGCUUGGUCAUGCACUCUCCAUUCACAUCACAAUACCGAGGAGACGGUGUACUUCCCGCUGCUUGAGGAGCAAUCCACGGAGAAAGGAGUCAUGUCAAGAAACCAUACAGAGCACGAGACUUUCCUCCCUGGGCUUUUGGCUCUUGAUGAGUACAUUCAAAAUGUCAAAGCCGAUGUAAAAACGUAUGACGGAAGCAAAAUUUUGAAGAUAACUGAAGACCUUGGACCAGCACUGGAGGCCCAUCUCACGAAUGAAAUCGACCUUCUUGAGAGCCUGGCGAAGGGUGAAAAGAUUGAUUGGAAUCUUCUUGGGAGGGCUAUGGCUGCACAUUCUAAGAAAGUGGCUGACAGGGUCCGAGAGGUUCCUUUCUUGAUCACGAAUUCAGAUGUUACGUACGAGUCAGGGAUACACGGAGAACGAUUUCCUCCCUUCCCAUGGUUUGUGCACCAGAUAUUCCGCUGGGUGUACAUACCCCAACUCAAGGGGGCUUGGAGGUUCGCGAGUUGUGAUGACUAUGGUAUGCCGAAGGAGCUGCCUUUUGCUUGAUUUUGCUUCCCCGUGAUCUAGGCAGGCCGCAGGGGGAAGGUGUUGCGGUUGUCCUAUCUCCAUAGUUGUAUCAACGAGGCUUCAUAGAAGCUCUUAUCCUUUCUUGUCUUGUCAGUGCCCCCGAUGUGUCUUCAGUUGGCGGCAUCUGCUCGCUUCCCCUUUUCUUGCCCAUCUUCCUGCACUGUCUUCGCUGGAUUGAAAGUGUAACUUGGCCAGCAACGGAUGCGGACACGAGCCCACACGGAAUCGAAAAGCUGCCUUGGGGGAAUAUCAACUUCGAAGAUACCAUGGAGGACCUCCCAGAUCGCCCCUGUCUUCCAAGUGAAGCCAAUGUUCUUGGGAGGAACACGCAUGAAACUCUCUGCAGUACCUAGACUCGCUGUUUACGUAACAGACUUCAAUAUUUG